GACCCAAGUUAUCAAAAAUCAUUUGUGGUAAUGUGCACUCUUUCUUCAGUUGGAUUUUAUUACUUAAAUGCAAUCCAGUUUUCCAACCUUUUUUCGCCCGAAGGCUGGUUUCCGAGUUUGCUGAUAAGAUAUAGAUCAAUGCAUAGAUCAAGUUGAUUUUAUUUUUUGUUUCCGUAAAAAAACACAGAAAGAUAAGCCCCUUCAAAUUAAGGACGAUCAGUCCCUUAUCAACUUAUAAUUGUCGGUAUCGAGAAAAGUAAAUUGGCGCCGCGGGGCGUGUUGACGAGGGGUUGAUGAUUCAACAACAGUGGCGCGUCCGACUUUUUGCCGAGGGAACGGUACGGCAUAGUACCAGACGUUGUAACUGUAGUAAAUUUAUAUAAACGCAUAAAAUACGCGUUUGGACAGUUUAACUACGAGUUGAAUAUACUUGAGCGAACGCCCGACAAUCAGAAAGCUGCGUUUGCGUUUGCUACGUACCCGGCAGUGGAUCAACAAGUGUCUGUUGGAACAAGGACAGAUCUUGGGGCGCCGGAGAAGACGUCCUUCAUUUUGUAGACGACGCUAUGGGGUCGGCGGCGUCUAGGAGAAAGAAGAACGCCGCAACUAAACUUAGUGCCAUCUCAGCAGUGACAAGCAACGCACCUAAACCACCAGGUAAUGAAGAAUCAAAUAAAGGCAAUGACAGCGCCACAUUGCAGCAAGAACCAGUACUGCAGCAGAAGGAAAUAGAAAAUGGUCACAAUGAAGAAAAUGGAAAAAGUCCAGUUACAACAAAUGGUACAAAUGGACAUGACAGCAGUGCCACCAUGCAACAAGAUGCAGUACUGCAGCCAGGGAGACCAGCAGACGGACACCUGCAGAACGGUGCAAGCAAAAAUAGGGAGACCAUUGCUACAACACGUGAUGGGUACAUCACAGAACAGCCCCGACGGACGUACACAGCAACAGAGCUGAAGCAGCUGAUGUUGGCAGCGGUUAUCAUUCAAAGGUAA